AUGCCUCUUAAUCGUGAUGACCACGUUGCAAGUUACAUAGAUAAUAAAAUCUUUUUUCUUGGUGGAGGAACCGAUACACAAAAUCUUACCAACGACUUCUUUUUCUUAGAUGUCUCAAUACCUUUUAACACAUCUUCUUUACCACUGUAUGAUUUAAAUAACAUUACAGAAAUUCCAUAUAAUAGAAGGGCAUCUUCGGUUGUAUGUGAAACUGUGAAUAAUGUAAUCUUUGUAUGGGGAGGAGAUUUUGGUUUUAAUAGUUCAUCUCCCUUAAUAUUUGCUUUCAAUACUACAGCAAAAUUAUGGAAUGCAGCAAAUGAUAAGGGAAUUAAACCUCCUAGGCGAAGAUACUCAUCAGUAGUCUGUGAUAAAAAUGCAAAAAUUUAUAUACUUGAUGGUACUGCUGACCAAAAUAUUGGAAAUACCUCAUCACCUUAUAGUAAUGAAUUGGAUAUUUUUGAUACAUCACAAUUAACAUGGUCAUUAGGAAGUAUUUUAAACGCACCAGCUCCUCACGAUAUAGGAACUGCAACUUUAUUGCCAGGCGGAAUUAUUGUAUAUAUUGGGGGAUCGAAUUCGUUUGGAAAAUAUCUUGAAUUGACUCAGGUUUUUCUUUAUGAUACCCUUAAAAGUACUUGGUCAACUAUGAACACGACAGGUGCCCCACCAACAGCUAGAGGUUUUCAUACAGCGGUUUUAACACGACAAGGUCACAUAGUUGUUUACGGAGGUGAAAACGCACCGCUUACACCUGUACCAGAUCAAUUGGUAGAUUUAGAUACCAAUGUGCAGCCUUUCAAAUGGACAACUCCUUCUAUCGAUUUUACUCCCAACCCUGCUCCAUUCAGAGGACAUUCUUCUACACUUGUAGGAAACUAUAUGAUUGUUGCGUUUGGUUGGUUUAAUAAUGGCACUGGAUCUUCUCGUAGUAAUAAAAUUAUUAUGCUUAAUGUAAAUGAUGCAAAUAAUUAUAUGUGGGUAUCUUCUUUCACUCCACCCGCGGUUUUAUCAGCAACUUCUCAACCAUCAGCAUCUAUAAGUCCGAACACUGGUAGCAAAAAUAAUAUUGCUGAAAUAAUUGGAAUUGUAGGUGGUGUUGUUGGUGUCGUUAUAAUUUCUGCUGUUAUUUUCUUGGUUUAUCGUUGGUAUAAAAAUCGAGAUGACAUUAACGUCAUACCUAGUGAUGAUGCAUUUAAGAGAUCUAAGGAAAUCAUCUCAUGA